UCUGUCCAAUCGGCGUUUUCCACCUGACAUUGUUGCAAUGCAAGGAUUUUUAAUCAUGGCGUAGUUCCUUGGCGAAGGAGGAGGGAAACCAUGAUUUCCCAGGUGGAGAGAGAUCCGUCGAUUCAAAUCCGGCUUCCGGGAAGCGACCAUUCCACCACCUCUCCGCCGGCGUCACCUAGUCUCUGCCUGAGCCGGUCAAAAUCAUCCGUACAACAGAGUCGGACCUUCGCUCACCGCAUCUCUUGGAUCCUCCUAUCGGUUCUUCUCCGGCGUCAGGGAAUUCUACUCUUCGCUCCUCUCAUCUACAUCUCCUGUAUGCUGUUUCACAUGCGCACGGCGUCGUUUUAUGCGGGUCCCAUCAUCCCUCGCCGUCCAGCGCCGGGAUCCGUCUACAGAAGCCCGCAGGUUUACGCUAAGCUCCGAUCGGAGAUGGACGCUGAUAAUACCACGGCUGAUGCGAUUUCAACAAUUUGGAAACGUUCCUAUAAAGGUGUGGAAUGGAAGCCAUGCGUGACCAAGUCUAAUGGAGUUUUGCCUGAGUCAAAUGGUUUCAUAUUCAUUGAAGCAAAUGGAGGUUUGAAUCAGCAGCGGACUUCGAUAUGCAAUGCGGUUGCUGUGGCAGGCUACCUUAAUGCGACCCUUGUAAUUCCCAACUUUCACUAUCACAGCAUUUGGAAAGAUCCGAGUAAAUUUGGGGACAUCUAUGAUGAAGAAUACUUUGUCAGUACCUUAGCAAAUGAUGUGCGGGUGGUCGAUUCAGUUCCUGAAUACUUAAUGGAGCGUUUUGACUAUAACUUAACAAAUGUCUACAACUUCAGAGUUAAAGCAUGGGCACCCACUCACUAUUACCGAGACUCAGUCCUGCCAAAGCUACUUGAAGAAAAGGUUAUAAGGAUUUCCCCAUUUGCAAAUAGACUUUCCUUUGAUGCUCCUAAAGCUGUCCAGAGAUUUAGAUGUUUGGCGAAUAAUGUAGCUUUGAGAUUUGCAAAACCGAUACUGACCCAAGGAGAAACACUGGUGAAAAAAAUGAAGGAGCUUAGUGCCAACAACGCCGGGAAGUACGUUUCUGUGCAUCUUCGUUUUGAAGAGGAUAUGGUAGCUUUCUCUUGUUGUGUAUUUGAUGGUGGCAACCAAGAAAAACAAGACAUGAUUGCGGCGAGAGAACGGGGAUGGAAAGGGAAGUUCACAAAACCGGGCCGCGUGAUACGACCAGGAGCUAUCAGACUCAAUGGGAAAUGCCCUUUAACCCCUUUAGAGGUGGGUUUGAUGCUUAGAGGAAUGGGCUUCAACAAAAGCACAUAUAUAUACCUGGCCUCUGGCCCGAUAUAUAGUGCGAAUAGAACUAUGGCUCCACUACUCGAGAUGUUCCCUAAUCUACAGACGAAGGAGAUGCUUGCGUCUGAGGAAGAACUGGCUCCCUUUAAGAGCUUCUCUUCGAGAAUGGCUGCACUAGAUUACACAGUGUGUCUCCACAGUGAGGUAUUUGUGACAACACAAGGUGGAAACUUCCCUCAUUUCCUCAUGGGGCAUCGGAGGUAUUUGUUUGGAGGACAUUCGAAAACGAUUCGGCCAGACAAACGAAAGUUGGCCAUACUCUUUGACAAUCCCAAGUUGGGAUGGAGAAGUUUUAAACGGCAAAUGCUAAAUAUGAGGUCCCAUAGUGACUCCAAGGGGUUUGAGCUGAAACGGUCUAGCGACUCCAUUUACAUAUUUCCUUGCCCUGACUGUAUGUGCCGCAGGAACAAAACUACAGGAACCACCUGACACAUUGUUGCCAGAGAUUCGGAAAUCUGGUUCAUUAUUUAAUUUCACUGUAUUGCUAAUUCUUUCAAUUAUUUGGCCACGUCUCCACUCAAACAGAGCCAUAGAGAGAGGACUAGUCUACGCUUGCAGGGCCCUGCCAAGCAUUCUUCCCUGGGGUAGAUUUUUUGACACAUUGAAGCUGAUGUAUCUAAAACGAGGAACUGAGAUAAGCUCCCACCAAGACCCACCCUUUGUUUCUGGGCGAUGAGGAUAGCAUUUUAGAUGUUCUUUUGUGCUUUGUAGAUUGAAGCGUUUGCGUUUUGUACAUUUGGUGUCUAGUGUUGGGUUGAAUGUAGGGUUAGGGGAAGAAGAAAGCUGCACAAAAAAGUUUUGUACAUUGAUCGGUUCCUUUUUUGUUUUUUUUCUCUGAAUAAGUAUUUUAAA